AUGGGGUGCUCAAGCUCGAGGGAGGCGGGCGGCGGUGUGGUUUCGUCGUCCGCGGCGCCGGCGGAGCGGCGGCAGGGCCUGCGCUCGCGCUCCCUCGGCAUGUGCCGCGGCGGGCACGCGUACACCGCGCUGCCGUUCGAGGAACCGGUGAAGGGUGCCCGUGAUCCGGCCGCGGCUGAGGAGGCGCUCCCCGGCGAGGAUGCGGCGGCGGAAGAGAAGCAGCGGAGCACGGUGGCGGCGGUUAUGACCAGCCUCGAGGAUGCGGCGUCGUCGUGGACGGCACGAUGGAGCGCAGAACCUGCGCCGUCGUCUCUGCCUCCGGAGCCGCUGCCUGCGCUUGACCUUGACCCGGCGGUCUUGCCUGGGUUCUGGCAGCCCGUGCAGGUGACUUCGCCGUCGCACCCGGCGCUUUUCUACCCGGAGCAGGAGAACCCGGCGCCACAGGAGGCCUGCGACGAUCACGUUGACAUGGGGACGCCGGCCGCCCGCGACAUACCGGAGGUCACUGACUUCGUCCGCGCGCGCGUCGACGUCGACGAGUUCGAUGAAAAGCUGGAGAACAAGAAGGCGGCGGCGGUGGCGGCCGAGGAAGCCCCUGACAUCGUCGACGACGGCGACCAGGUGACGGCGCCAAGGCGCCGGCUGCCGCGCGCCGGGAAGCCCGUGGUGCUGUACCUGACCAGCCUCCGCAUCGUGCGGCGGACGUUCGAGGACUGCCGCGCCGUUUUUGCAGUGUUUGUCAGGUUGCUUGUUCGUAGCUGGUGA